GCUGAGAACUGGGCCUGAAUCCCAAAUAGGAAGAGUGAAAUAUGGAGCUGGGAAAGACACCAAGGUCACACAGGGCUUAAGAGCUUCAAAACUAUUGGGGAGUGAGCAGGAGAUGGGAUGGAAGAAAGGUUCCAGGGAGGAAGGAUGUACAGAGGUAGUUCCCUGGUCCCGUUCUAGCCCCAGACCGGUUUUCCCGGUCCCACCACCUCCAGCCCCAAGGCCUCCAACCCGCUGCCUGACAAGCCUUCACAAGAAGCAGCUGGAGAGAAAGAGAAAGAGAAAGAGGAUUGAGAGAAAGGAGUGGGCAAUUCUGGCUAUAAGCCCAGGGCUGCAGCUGGUCCCCUGUGGAGACCUCCAGACAUGGAGGGCUGCUGAGGGGCUCUAGAGAAGUAGGGAUGGACCCCACUUUUCAGUCAAGUGACAGGCAUUUGCCCCAGCACUAACCGUGCCCUUCCCCAGGAAAGGUCUUGUGGGGGCUUAAGAGGAAACAGAGCUAGGCCCUAAGCUCCAGCUCCCCUUCCCCAAUAUAUUCAGUUACAUAGACUCCAUUUCCGCCCACCCCUCAACACUACCCAGAAAUUCUCUACUCCUCCCAACGCUGAACUAGAAUUGGGACCUCUCUGUGAAUCUUUCGGACUCUGUCACUAUCUUCCGUGGCUGCCCGGGUCUCAGAUUUAGACCUUCCAGGACCCAGCUUUGCUUCACUUUGUCUGGCACAAGCCACCACCAAGGGGGAGACUGAGCCGACACGGACAGACUCCGUCACUGAGGAGGGAGAGGGAGUAAGAAGACAAAGCCGUCCAAGCCCCAACGGCUUUCUUUUUGUCCAGCCCAGAGCAGACACCGGAGCCCCCGAGGUACUCCCUCCAUCUUUGGAACACGCUAGUAAUUCAUUGAUAACAGGAAGUUAUGAGGGACCCUGUGAGUAGCCAGUACAGCUCCUUUCUUUUCUGGAGGAUGCCUAUUCCAGAACUGGAUCUGUCGGAGCUGGAAGGCCUGGGUCUGUCAGAUACAUCCGCCUACAAGAUCAAGGACAGCAGCGUUGGCAAAAUGACCGGGCAAGCAACUGAAGCAGAGCAGGAGAAAAACCCUGAAGGCGAUGCCCUCCUUGAGUACAGCACCUUCAACUUCUGGAGAGCUCCCAUUGCCAGCAUCCACUCCUUCGAAUUGGACUUGCUAUAAGCCCAAGACUUCUCUUUCCCACCACCUUGCUCUCAUUGUCAUCUCUUUCAAGCCCCUUCCUUUCCACUCUUUUCCCCUAUUAAUCUUGCUCUCUCCCCUCUAUUGUGUUGAGGUGGUGGGGAUGAAUCUGCCUAGACUUGUCUUGUGUUAUUUAUUUAUUUAUCUAUCUAUCUAUCUGUCUUUCUUUCUUUCUUUUCACUUUCUCUCAAAAGCCCUCAAGUCACAAAGUAAAGGGUUCAAGCAAUGGAGUAUUGGGUCACAAGGAUUCCUCCUUUCCCCCUCAGAUAUUAAUUCCAGAAAACAGUCUUGAUGGGGGCACUAGAGCAUAGUAUAGCAGUGCAGUAGAGGAAAAUGGAGGACUGAUUUUUCACUUCAUUUUAAUCUGCUUCAGAGAUUGCCCAAACCUUCCUAAUUUCCUCCUCCAGGCCAGUAAACACAAAUAUUUCCUCAAGGGUUGAUGAAGACCUUGUAAGUUUUAAUUUGGGAUUAUCUGCUACAAGACAGUAGGAUUUCUAAAAGGCUAAGGUGAUAAGUAAGACUCUUUUUUGAUCUUAGCUUCUUGUAAUACACUCCUUUCUCAGAGAAAUUGGGAGUAAAGGUAUAAAACAAGAGGAAAUAAUACAUCAUAGAAAAUGAAAAUAGGGGAAAGCACUGAAUCAUUUCAGAAAUAGCUAAGCUCUCUGAAAAGGGUGUUCCUUCUUCAAGCCUACUCACUUCACAACUUUGCUCCUGUAGGUUGAAAACUAUAGCUGAAGAAACUCUCUCUGAUUUCAAAUCUUAAGAUGCAAUCUUGCUGACUAUUAUGAUAAUUUGUGAAGUUCUGAUUCUAUUGCUAAAAGGCAAGGGGUUUGGUUCUUAGUAUUUUAGUCUUGCCCUCCUACAUUUGCAAUGUAUAAUACUGAUCAAUGGGCCUCAGGCACAGUUCUUCAGCUACCUUGAGACCAUGAAGUGAACAAUUAUAUUCUAACCCUACAACUUGUCCCCACUGCUUCCCAAAAUUAUUGCUGCUGAUUUGUGCUGCCAUUUACUCAUUUCUUUAAUAAAGACAUUCAAUCCCA